UAACCCAAACACCCCCUCAUGUAAGAUGAAAUAGCGGCCACUUUCAUAAAUGAUCUGAGCAGUGGCGGCUGAAGGCGACGGCGAUAGUUAGAAAUGCGGAUGGGAGCACUGAAAUCUUUAAAGGAAGAUUAUGAUAUAAUCGACGCCAAUUUUCUUCAUUUCUGCGCCUCUCACGGCAUUUUUUCCGUUGAAGAUGUCUUAGUUCAUGAUGUGUACUUGUUAGUGGCUUCGGCGGAGAAACUUGCUAAUUUCGAUAGAUUAAAACAGGGUAUCAACCAACUCCUCUCUAUAAUAGAAACAUGCCAUCAACCGUGGAUGAAUGGUCUGGAGAUUUUGGAAGAUAGGAAACAAAAUAAACAUCAUCUGUCUACUGGGUGUGAACGCUUCGAUGUGUUACUACAUGGUGGAUUGCAUGAGGGACAUGUAACGGAAUUAGUGGGCCCGUCUUCUUCUGGGAAAACACAAGUUUGCUUUCAAGUGGCAUCAAAUGUGGCUAUGAAGCUGGGUAGUGUUGUUUUUCUUGAUUCGGGAAACUCAUUUUCACCUACACGCAUUAUGCAAAUGGUUACUCGUAUAUCUGGUUCAGCUGGGAAUAAGGUCGAUGGAUUUCUUCAACCUGCAAUGAGAAACAUAGAACAUCAUGCUGUUUUUGACAUUUAUGCCUUGUUAAAGAUUCUUCAUCAGUUAAAGUUAAAUUUAAAAUCUCAGACAAGAUACCGACUACGGUUGAUAAUCGUUGAUUCGAUAUCAUCACUUAUUGCCCCAGUUCUUGGGGGAAGCAAUGCGCAAGGACAUGCUUUGAUGGUUUCUGUUGGAUACUUGCUGAAGGAGUUAGCAGACAGACAUAACAUCGCAGUUGUUGUUACAAAUCAUAUGGUGAGCGGAGAAGGAGGUAUUCCAAAGCCGGCUCUUGGAGAGAGUUGGAAAAACAUUCCACAUGUGCGACUACAAGUUUCCCAGGACCAUGCAAGCAACACCUAUGGGGUGUACAUACUGAAGCACCCAUACAUGGCAUCCGGAGGAAGUGUGACCUUCAUGAUUCCAUGACAUUUGGUUUAACUUUUGCAGCAGUACAUAUUUGACUUAACAGAAUAUUUUUAUCAAUGUUAAAGCUAGUGAUAUUCAAAUGUACAUUCAUGAUUCAUGCAAUAAGUAAUUGCUUAGUGAUGGUUUUUUGCAAA